UCACCUAUAAAUACCUCCUCAUCAUAUCUCUCAUUUCUCACACUUAAUUAACAUUCUCAAUCAUGCCUUUCUCUAAGCUUCUAGCUGCUUCCCUUCUUGCAUCACUUCUCUUUCUCCAUUUUGUUGAUGCUGCACAUCAAUCUGAACAUACACAAACACAAGGUUCUCUUCUUCAGCAAAUAGAUUGUAACGGAUCAUGUGUUGCAAGGUGCCGUUUAUCAUCUCGACCAAGAUUGUGUCAAAGAGCAUGUGGAACAUGUUGUAGAAGAUGUAACUGUGUGCCACCUGGUACUGCUGGAAACCAAGAAAAGUGUCCCUGUUAUGCCAGCUUGACUACUCGUGGUGGCAAACCCAAGUGCCCUUAAAGAAACAAAAACUACCUUAAAUGGAAUUUGGACUUUUAUCAAAAAUUUCCUAAAUAUUACCAUGCAUUAAUAAUAAAAAUAUAAGUAUUGCUAAGUCAAUAUGGUCUUGUUUGUUAUCGCUUUCAAUCCAUGUCUAUUGUAUUCACUUCUUUUGUACUACUACCUAAUUAUUAAAUGAGAAUUUCUUUGUUAAA